AUGACAACAGAGCAGCUGUCGCCUACGCAAGCGCGGGCUCUUCUCGAUAUCCUCAGUCACCAUGAGGCAUACGCGGAGCUUCGCGACCUGCGCCAGCCGGGGUUCCUGGCCCGCAGCGGACCCCCAUUCAAGACCGAUGGCAGCCAGCCCAACGAGAUGCCCCUGAUGCAUGCCCUCUUUUCCUCCUUCAUAGUACCUCUGCCCGGGCUGAAGGAUGUAUCCUUGGACUUCUACCAAGCCAAAUGUCAAGAGCUUGUGGAUGAGCUCGCCCAGGCCGAUCUCAGCGAGUCUUAUUGCGCCGGAUACAUAGGUAUUCGGAAGACGUUGGCGACCGCAACGGCAGCCUUGGUGGGAGCACCAGCCAGGGGCUACUAUGGGGGAUUCCCCCAGAGAGCGCUGAGUAGGACCGACCCGGUCUACGAUACAUCCAAACCGGAAGAUGUCGUUGCUGCAUUCCAGGAUCUCCUCCAGCGCUUGGUCUACGACACCCUCCUCGAUGAGACGUUCGCCAAGACUGCAGCGACGGACAAGCUCGAAGAUCACAGUUCUCUUGUCCAGGCUGCUCACGAAUAUAUACUUGUCAUCAUGGCCUCUUUUCUCCAUUACAUUCUCAUAAUCACCCCAGAAGGACAAACGAUGCUUCAGAUGAUGAAGCAAGCGAAUGCUCUCGUACCUUACACGGCCAUCCGGUCGACACUCAAGAUUGGGAAUGCAGCGACGAUGAUCAACGGCGUAAUGAAGAUUCUGCUGACGAAGAUGACCUUGAACAGCGUGACAUCGUUCUUCGGGAUCACCAACUCGAGUGACGCCGGUUGGAACUUGCUGCAAACGAUCAUCUGGACAGUGGUGAAUUGGGACACGAACACCCUGAAGUCGAGAGCGACUGAGAUUGAGAAGAGCGCUGACGGGCCCAGCAAAGCUCAAUGUGACCUGUUGAAGUCUUAUGUUGAGAAGGACCGCUUGGAGCACGAGAAGUGCCGGACGAUGAGUGAGGCGAAAGCAGAACCCAUCGUGGUCACGAUCUUGGAGGAGUAUUGUGGAAAUGCGCUCAGCGAGAAACAGAUCCCGCUUGCUCUCGAUUACCUCUCGGUUCUGGUGUCCCUUCGAGACCGGAGACAGGUUACGGCAAUUAUCUGUCAGAGGCAACCAGAUCUGCUUACGCAAGCCGUUCGAGAAUGCGUCGCAGCCUAUGAUCCAGUCAUACGAGCUUUGCACAAAGCAGUCGACUUGAGCGGGACAAUUAGUGAUUUCCAAUCGUUCCUUGACGAUUUACUGGCGUUGGCACCUUCGAACAAAAAUUCUGCUGCGGCCAGCGUGGGAGACUUCGUUCGGCUUUUGAGAAAGCACCAAAACUCAUGCCACAAAUUCAUGCACCAGGUGUGCAGAAAUGGCCCCGAACUGAGCACUUGGUACAAGGAUUAUGCGAGGUCCUCAGCAGCACAGUUCAGGGUCGACGAUCAGAAAGGAGAGGCCACUUCCGAGAUGGGUGGAGCGGGCAAGCUCACCGCACAGCUGGAAAACGCCAUCUCGCAGCUUCCCGAGAGGGAAAGAGCCCAGGUCCUCGAGGAAUGCGACGCGUACGCUUCAUACCACGCAGAUAUCUCAUCCGUGUCCUUAUCCGACAUGAUCUUUGAAGUCGAGCACAAGCCGGCACCCAAGAAGCUGACAAGGGCAUCACUCACUAGCCUACACUCGAAAUCUGAGACCCGAGAGCCCUUCACGCCAAGACCUAGCCCGGGCCCGGGGGUAUUUCUACGGCGAUGGCAAGCGUAUGUGAACGCCACUCCCAUCACGGCUGCGAAGCUGGGAGGGCCGGUGCGAUUCGGUGGCGAUGUGGACGUGGUUACCGCGGGCCGGGUGCCGAGGAUGGGAGCGGCUGUUAAGGAUGCGCACCUGGUCCAGGCUGCUCAGCCUGGGGAUAGGGGGGUUGCUGCAGAUGCCCCGAAGUGUGCAACGACGGUCGAGUUGUUGGCGGGGAAGUUCAGAGAAAUCUUGAGAGGAGCGGGAAAGACACUUUCAUCGGGCCUCUGA